CUUUUCCUAUUUCCUACGGUGCGAUUGGUCCACAGCGCAGGCGCGGUGGCCAAUGAGCACACUCUCGGUGAGCGGCGAGGGCAAUAUGGCUUCCUGCACCUGGUGACGGUUGAGGAAAUUGACUUUGGUAUCAUGGAGAAAUCGCGGGGCACUGAGGAGACGCCAUCUUCAGAGCCAAUGGAAGAAGAGGAGGACGACGACCUGGAACUCUUCGGGGGCUACGAUAGCUUCCGGAGUUACAACAGCAGUGCGGGCAGUGAAAGCAGUUCCUAUCUGGAGGAGUCGAGCGACGCGGAGAACGAAGACCGCGAGGCAGGGGAGCUUCCCACCUCACCGCUGCCUCUGCUCAGCCCUGGCCAGCCCCGCUCCUUGGAUGGCAGCGGUUCUGAGCCAGCGGUCUGUGAGAUGUGUGGUAUCGUGGGCACAAGAGAAGCUUUCUUCUCCAAGACCAAGAGGUUCUGCAGCGUCUCGUGUUCCAGGAGCUACUCCUCCAACUCCAAGAAAGCCAGCAUCUUGGCUAGACUGCAGGGAAAGCCGCCCACCAAGAAAGCCAAAGUGCUGCACAAGGCAGCCUGGUCUGCCAAAAUUGGAGCCUUCCUCCACGCCCAGGGGACAGGGCAGCUAGCAGAUGGGACACCCACAGGACAAGAUGCUCUGGUCUUAGGGUUCGACUGGGGGAAGUUCCUGAAGGACCACAGUUACAAGGCUGCUCCUGUCAGCUGCUUUAAACACGUGCCCCUCUAUGACCAGUGGGAAGACGUCAUGAAGGGGAUGAAGGUGGAAGUCCUCAAUAGUGAUGCCGUGCUCCCCAGCCGGGUGUACUGGAUCGCCUCUGUCAUCCAGGCAGCUGGGUACCGAGUGCUGCUCCGAUAUGAAGGCUUUGAAAACGAUGCUAGUCAUGACUUCUGGUGCAACCUGGGGACUGUGGAUGUCCAUCCCAUUGGCUGGUGUGCCAUCAACAGCAAGAUCCUGGUGCCGCCGCGGACCAUCCAUGUCAAGUUUACUGACUGGAAGACCUACCUCAUGAAGCGGUUGGUGGGCUCCAGGACGCUUCCUGCAGAUUUUCACAUCAAGAUGGUGGAAAGUAUGAAGUACCCCUUUCGGCAGGGCAUGCGCCUAGAGGUCGUGGACAAGACCCAGGUGUCGCGGACCCGCAUGGCUGUGGUGGACACGGUAAUUGGGGGUCGCCUCCGGCUGCUCUAUGAGGAUGGUGACAGUGAUGAUGACUUCUGGUGCCAUAUGUGGAGUCCCCUGAUCCACCCAGUAGGUUGGUCACGGCGUGUCGGCCAUGGCAUCAAGAUGUCAGAGAGACGAUGUGAUAUGUCCCAUCAUCCCACCUUCCGGAAAAUCUACUGUGACGCCGUUCCUUACCUCUUCAAGAAGGUGCGGGCUGUCUACACAGAAGGUGGCUGGUUUGAGGAAGGGAUGAAACUAGAAGCCAUUGACCCUCUGAAUCUGGGCAACAUCUGUGUGGCAACCAUCUGCAAGGUCCUCUUGGACGGCUACCUGAUGAUCUGUGUGGACGGGGGACCCUCCACAGAUGGCUCAGACUGGUUCUGCUACCAUGCCUCUUCCCAUGCCAUCUUCCCAGCCACCUUCUGCCAAAAGAACGACAUUGAGCUCACACCCCCAAAAGGGUAUGAGGCUCAGCCUUUCGACUGGGAUACCUACUUGGAGAAGACCAAGUCGAAGGCGGCUCCUGCAAGACUCUUUAACAUGGACUGCCCCAACCACGGCUUCAAAGUGGGCAUGAAGCUGGAGGCUGUGGACUUGAUGGAGCCCCGGCUCAUCUGCGUGGCCACCGUGAAACGCGUGGUUCACCGGCUCCUCAGCAUUCACUUCGAUGGCUGGGACAACGAGUACGACCAGUGGGUGGACUGUGAAUCCCCGGACAUUUACCCUGUGGGCUGGUGUGAACUCACCGGCUACCAGCUCCAGCCGCCUGUGUCUGCAGAACCAAACACACCUCUGAAGGGCAAAGAGGCCACAAAGAAGAAAAAGAAACAAUUUGGGAAGAAAAGGAAAAGGAUCCCAUCAGCCAAGACGCGGCCCAUCAGACAGGGAUCCAAGAAGCCCUUCCUGGAGGAUGACCUGCAGGCUUUGGGGGUGUCGGAGCCCAUUUCUGAUGACAUUAUUGCUGUGUGUGUGAAGGAGGAGCACCAAGACCUCUCUUCGCCCGACCGCUCACCUAGUCCACAGCUGCCUCUCCCCAUCGAGCGCAUCAAGCAGGAGAAGGACAACUGAGCCUCUUCCCUGGUGUCCUGGACCCUUGCUGAAGCCAGGCCCAGCCACGGAGCAGAGAGGAGGCCUGGCUUUACUGCUGUGCAGUGAACGGACAGCCUGGUCUUCUAGGGCCCACCUCUGCGCACUGGCCAGGCUUACAGACCGGGCAGCUGGAGUUCUAAGCUGGCAACCUCAGCACACUGGAAAACUGGACUGAUCCACAUGUGUCUACCCAGGCAAGUGGUGGAAGUGAAGCUAGGGAGCGGCUGUGAGUGGGCAGCCCUGGUGGGCACUGGGUGUGAACAGAGCCACCUCUGCCUAAAACAGACUGAGGGCCUUGUGCCUCCUGGGGCGUCCCGCACUGCCUACUGCCCUACGGCCCCACGGUGGCCGGUAAUUGAGAAGUGACCAUGGUAGUAGGCUUGGGUGACUUGUGAGUGGCCUUGACCUCAGGGUCAGUGGGAAAACCGACCCACGUUCUUAAAGGAACAGUUGGGAUUACUUGCAGGGACCUGUGCCCCCAGGCCAGGCUACUUGCUGCAGGUAUAGGAUCGAACAGCAGCUUGGGCCUGGGGAUCCUGCCUGAGUUAUGCUUCUCGAGAGCCGAGCUUGGACCUGACAUUUCCAUGUAACUGUGCAGCUUGCUGUCUUAACAUCAAGUUUGAUCUGUUGUUUUUCCCAGUCACACACUUUUUGUUGUGGGUUUUUUUUUGUUUUGUUUUUGGAGACAGGGUCUUUCUAUGUAGACCAGGCAGGUCUCAAACUCACGGAGAUCCACUUACCUCUGUCUCCUGAGUGAGCACCGGCCCGAGUUAGACACUCUUGAAACUGGCCAUCUAAUCCUCCAGUAACAUCCGGGAAACCGGUGGGGCUCCUGCGGGCCGCCCUUUCUGUUUCUCUGUGUUUUGGAGAAGCAGCGUGGCCCGUGGCUCCGUGUCCGGUUGUGGCUGUGCUCAGUCUGCGCCAUCAUCCUGAGAUGUGCUAAAUGGCUUUGCUCACAACCCAGACUGGGUACAUCCCUGAGUGAUCGGGCUACAUAGACUGGAUACAUCCCUGAGUGAUCGGGCUACAUAGACUGGGCGGGUUCAGAGAGAACUCAGUCCUGACUCAUCUGCUAAAGACAGCCCACCCUGUGCAGAGCCUAGGCCAUGAAAGAGGCCUUAGUCACAGCCUGAUUUCCUCAAAGGGUAAAUAGGUUCAGAAGUAGAUGGAAGACCACAGCAAAAGGCAGGUUCGAUUCUAAGCACCUGUAACUUGAACUCCAGGGGGAGCCUGCGCCUCUGGUUUCCAUGGGUACAAAUGUGCACAUAAACAUGUAAUUAAAAAUAAAAUCUUAAAAAAAAAGAGAAAGAAUCAGGUGAGUGGACAUCAACCCCAGGUGAGGAGGCUGGGAGGAAGAUGGCCUGAGUGUGCCUGUAGGUGUCUGGAGCACAAGACCCCCGACAAGAGGGUAGAUGUUUGGCCAUCAUUCUAGGCCUGACCUGGCCUUCCUAGACUCCCUGUCCUUUUCACAGAUGAGCAAAUUGAGCUAUGGUGAUCAUUUGGUGAAGCGUCAGAGCCUGGGCUGCCUAGACGUUAGGCUUGACUCCAGAUUACUGCUGUUCUAUUAAGACAACAGAAAGGUCUCGUGUAGCUCAGUCUGACCUUCAUUCUGACCUUUCACCUCCUGAGUGCUGGACCUGCAGAUGUGUGCACCACACCUGUAUGAGAUAAAGCCCUUGCUGCACCUUGCAGAGUCUGUUCUUAAGUGUGAAGACAAUUCCCACACAAGGGACAAGCAAGAAAGCCGCCCUUGGUCUCCACAGCAACCAUAGCUGUACUGUCAUUGGUGGGAACUCACCUGUCCCUCAUUCCGACCCUGGCACAAAGCUGGAGCAUUAGUGUUAGUGAAGAAAUGCACGUAACUUAACGUUGCUGUUGACAACGGGUCAGAUCUUUGGUCUCACUAUAUAGCUCAGGCUGGCCUUGAACUUAACCACGCCUCGGUUCCCAAAGUUAUGGGACAAAGUCUCCCUCCUCCCCACCCCACCCCCCACACGAGACCCCCAACAAGAGGGUGGAUGUUUGGCCUUCAUUCUAGGCCUGACCUGGCCUUCCUAGACUGUGUAACAGUCCUGGCUGUCCUGGAAUUCGCUUUGUAAACCAGGCUGGCCUUGAACUUGCAGAGAUCACCUGCCCCUGACUCCCGAGUGCUGGGACUAAAGGCGUGCUCCACCACACCUGGUGGGUUGCUGGUUAGCGUCAUCCUGAAGUUCCUUCCACACACCCUACUUCAUCCACUGGAGGCUUUGCAGUGACCAUGAGACCAAAUCUCAACCCUUCAGGAGGCACCCUCUGCUCAAGCUUCCUGGAGACCCAGUCAUCAAUCCUUCUCGGGAAGGGGAGCCUUCUAUGCUAGAUGCUAGGCUACACAUUGUAGACAGCUGGUUCAUUUCUGUGGCUGCCCUUGCGAGGUGCAUCCUGGCUUCAUUUACAGAUGGGAGAAAGGAAGGCUCCUAAGAUACACAUUGGUAGCUUAAACAUACAGGGUAAAUGUCAGCAAUGGAAGUGAGCCGAGGCUGGUUUGCAGUUGCCAUCGUUACUGGUACACGUCUUAGUAACCUUUCACGUACCACACACCAAGCUGGAUGGGCUCCCUGCCAAUCACGAGAGCACAGCAGGUGUGGUCCAGCCUUCCUCCUGGCACUGGAGCCCCAGGGGGCAAACAGACAAUGAGCUGGACUCAGGAGUAUGACCUCUCAAGAGUCCACCUCCAGCCAGCAUGCACUGGGAAGGGGUGUGGUGUGGACCAGCGGGACAGUUAAAGGCACUUGCCACAAAGCUAAGGACCCGUGUGAUCCUGGAACCCACAUAGGUGAAGAAAAUGACUCCCUUGGAUUGUCCUCAGACGUUCUUGUGUACACCAGGACACAUGUACCUGCACACACAAAUAAAUAUAAAAAGUAUUUGUAAAUAAGGGAUGGCUUCGAGAGGAGUGUGGGGACCUCUUGGGCUAUUUGAUCCUUUUUGAUUUUAUGGAAACAAUCUCAUGUAGCCCAGGGUGACCUUCAGUUUAUCCCCCUGCCUCCUCGCAAGUACUAGGAUUCCAAUCACUUGUCAGCACCUCACUGUUUCAUCCAUUUCUAGUGCUGGCAUCUGAGUUCUAGGCUACUUUGAUGUAAUUGUUGACCCAAGCCUGGAGGAAGGGUGAUGCCAGUGAGUGUCAAUGGUGUGAUUUUGCUACCGUCCCUAGAAUGAGCUCCAAGUCUGGCUCCUAAGGAGGAUUUGUAUCCUGCAGCUUGAGAUCUUGCUUUUCUUUGUGUGUGCACACACUUACGUCCAUGUGUGUAAAUCAGAGGGCAAGCCUUGGGUGCCAGCCCCCGCCUUCCACCUUGAGAGAACUUCUGCCUGCCUCCCCACCACCUCACCUCUGUCUCACACAUCCCCAUCUCAUUUGAAAGCUGGUGGAAGCCAGAGCAGAGUUAGGUCCCCUGGAGCUGGGAUUGCAAACUUUUGUGAGCCAGUCCGCAUGCAUGGGUAAUGGGGAUCAAACUCAGGUUCUCUACAAGAGCAGUCCAUGCACUUAGCAUCUCUCUAGGGUCUCUGCUAUUUGCUGUGAGCCCAGGCUGGCUGGCUCAGGUCUCUCCCUCAGGAGCGCUGGGAUUACAGAUGUUUAUGCUGUGUGUCUGAGAAUUCAAGCCCAGGCCCUCGGGCUUGUGUGGUGAGUGCUUUACCCACUGAGGCAGAAGUGAAUCCCAGCCCCAUACUGAGGCAUUCCUUCCUCAUUCUAAACCUGCCUCCACAGAGUACAGUGUGUGCUCUAAAUUGUGUUUCCUGGAAGGUAGUUGAACUCCCAGUAACUCAGAAUCUGACCGUUUGGAAUGAAGGUCUUCAUAGAGGUAAUAAAAUUGAAAGGUUAUA